AUUUAGAGAGGCAAAACCUGGCUUUAAAAGGAAACCUCUCCCUGUAGAACUUCACAUCCAAAAGCCAUGAGGGUGAUUUUGCUGGCCCUCACGGUAGCCCUUGCGGCGUGUCACCAAACCCAUUUGGCUCCCCAGUUUGCCGAUGGAAAGACCUAUGUCUACAAAUAUGAGGCAUUUGUUAUGGGCGGCCUACCCGAGGAGGGUCUGGCACGGACUGGAGUGAAACUACUGAGCAACAUUUGGAUCAGUGCAGAGGCUGAAAACACCUACACGCUGAAGCUUGUGGACCCAGAAAUCUUGGAGUUCAGUGGCUUCUGGCCCAAAGAUGAUUUCUCCCCAGCUACCAAGAUAACUUCUGCCCUGGCUGCUCAGCUCACAACACCCAUCAAGUUUGAAUAUUCCAACGGUGUUGUCGGAAAAGUAUUCGCUCCGGCUGGCGUCUCUGAAACUGUGCUGAAUAUCUACAGAGGAGUCCUUAACAUCUUCCAGCUGAACAUCAAGAAGACUCAAAAUGUCUACGAGCUGCAAGAGCCUGGAACACAGGGUGUGUGCAAGACCCACUAUCUCCUCAGUGAGGACGCAAAGGAGGAGCUUAUCCUGUUGACCAAGUCUAAGGACCUGAACAAAUGCCAGAAGAGAAUCAUAAAGGACAUCGGUUUGACUUACACAGAAAGAUGUGUUGAGUGUGAGGCUAGAGGAAACAACCUUAAGGCAGCCGCUGCUUCUAACUACAUCAUCAAGGAAACAUCCACUGGUGCUCUGCUCUUGAAUGCGUCUGGUAUUGAGAUCAUCCAGUUUUCCCCUCUCAACAUCUUGAACGGUGCUGCCCAGAUGGAGGCUAGACAAAACCUGACCUUCCUGGAGAUUAAGGACACCCGAUCAGUGGCCACCAGCGCUGAAUAUCUUCACCGUGGAUCAGUGCAGUACGAGUUCGGCAACGAGCUUCUCCAGACACCCAUCCAGCUUCUGAGGAUCAGCAAUGUUGAGGCUCAGGUUAUUGAGGUUCUGAACCACCUGGUGAAAUUCAAUGUGGAAAAGGUCCACGAAGAUGCCCCUCUGAAGUUCCUUGAGCUCAUCCAGCUACUGCGUGUGGCGAGACAUGAGAGUAUCGAGGCCAUCUGGAAUCAGUUCAAAGCUAAAGCCGAUCACAGGCACUGGAUCCUGAAUGUUAUCCCCGCCGUUGGUACUUCUGCUGCUCUGAGGUUCAUAAAGGAGAAGUUCCUUGCUGGCGAGCUGACUGUUGCAGAAUCUACUCAGGCACUGAUAGCAUCUAUUCACAUGGUGACAGCUGACCUCGAGGCCAUCCAGCUGAUACAGAGCAUGUUUACGGAAAGCAAGGUCCAAGAAAACCCAAUUCUGCGUGAGGUUGUCAUGCUGGGAUACGGCACCCUGGUUUCUAAAUACUGUGCAGAGAACCCAGACUGCCCUGCUGAGCUUGUGAAGCCCAUCCACGAACUAGCUGUCCAGGCUGACAAGACCGACAUUGAGGGGCUCAUUAUUGCUCUGAAAGUACUGGGAAAUGCUGGACAUCCUUCCAGCCUGAAGACAAUCACAAAGUUCCUGCCUGGCAUUGGAAGUGCUGCUGCUGAUCUUCCACUCAGAGCUCACGUUGAGGCUGUUCAGGCCAUGAGGAACAUUGCUAAGAGGGAGCCCAAGAUGAUCCAGGAUAUGGCGCUUCAGCUGUUCAUGGACAAGGAUCUCCACUCAGAAGUCCGUAUGGUUGCUGCUAUUGUGUUGUUUGAAACCAAGCUGCCCAUGGGACUGGUCAUUACUCUUGCCAAUAACCUCUUGACUGAGAAAAGCCUGCAGGUUUCUAGCUUUGUCUACUCUUACAUGAAGUCUAUGACCAGAAACACCUCACCUGACAUGGCCUCUGUUGCUUCUGCCUGUAAUGUUGCUCUGAGGAUCCUCAGUCCCAAGUUCAACAGACUCAGCUAUCGCUUCAGCAGAUCUCUCUAUGUUGAUGCCUACCACGACCCCUGGAUGAUGGGAGCUGCUGCCAGCGCCUUCUAUAUUAACGAUGCUGCAACUGUUUUGCCAAGAUCCAUUGUGGCCAAAGCUCGUUCCUACCUGGCAGGAGCAUAUGCCGAUGUUGUUGAGCUUGGAGCAAGAACCGAGGGAAUGCAGGAGGCCAUGCUGAAAAUCAAAGAGGUUCCUGAGAAUGCUGACAGGAUGACCAAGAUGAGACAAGUUAUGAAAGCUCUUUCUGAGUGGAGGGCUACUCCUUCCAGCCAGCCCCUGGCCUCCGUUUACGUGAAGGUCUUCGGACAGGAAGUUGCCUUCGCCAACGUUGACAAAGCCGUUAUCAAUCAGCUUAUUCAGCUUGCCAGUGGACCAGCAAUGAAAACCUAUGGCAGAGAGUCUUUGGAUGCUCUGCUGGCGGGUGUCACAUUGCAAUACGCUAAACCCCUGCUGUUGUCUGAGAUCCGUCGCAUCAUUCCCACCAGCGUUGGUCUGCCCAUGGAGCUCAGUUUGUACACUGCUGCUGUGGCUGCUGCAUCUGCUGAAUUCAAGGCAACCGUGUCACCCCCACUGACUGCUGACUAUCAUGUUGCCCAGCUCCUGAAGUCUGACAUAAGCAUGAGGACUACCAUUAGCCCCAGUGUUUCCACACAUGUGUAUGCAGUUAUGGGAGUGAAUACUGCUUUCAACCAGGCUGUUCUGAUGUCAAGAGCCAAAGUUCACACAAUUAUUCCUGCAAAGCUAGAAGCAAGAAUCGACAUAACUAAGGGCAACUUCAAGCUUCAGCUCCUUCCUCUUGAGGGUGUCAGUAAAAUUGCAUCAGCACGUGUUGAGACUUUUGCCAUUGCAAGAAAUGUGGAAGACCUCGCUGCUGCCAAAAUCACACCAAUGGUUCCAUCUGCAGUUGAAGUCUCAAGGGAGAGCUUCUCCUCAAAGAUUUCAAGGAUUGCAUCCUCUCUGUCUAGUAGCCUCUCGGCAUCAUCUGAAAUCCUUCAAGGUGACGCUCAAAGCAGACUGAGGCCCAAGGCCCUCCAGAAGAGAAUGUGUGUUGAAAGCCUUACCUUCGGUAUCAAGGCGUGCUCUGAGUUUGAAUCUCGCAACGCGACCUUUAUCAGAGACUGCCCACUGUACAGCAUGAUUGGAGAACACAGCUUCUUGGUUGAGAUUUCACCAGCUGCUGGACCAGCCAUUGAGAGGAUUGAAAUUGAGAUUCAGGUUGGAGAACAAGCAGCGGAGAAGAUCAUCAAAGUGAUUAACAUGAGUGAGGAAGACGAAUCCCUGGGGGACAAGAACGUCCUGUUGAAACUCAGGAAAAUCCUGGCACCUGGUCUGAAGAACAGAACAUCAUCUUCUUCCAGCUCCAGCAGCGCUAAUACUUCCAGCUCUCGCUCAAGCAAAUCCUCAUCUGCGUCAUCCAAGUCUUCCUCCAGCUCCUCUUCAAGCAGCAGUUCUUCCAGCAGCAGUUCUUCUAGCAGCAGUUCUUCAAGCAGACGUUCAUCUCUCUCUUCUAGCAGCAGCAGCUCUUCCAACUCCAGCUCCUCCAGUUCCUCCAGUUCCUCCAGCUCCUCCAGCUCCAGGAUCCCCUACAGGACCAAGCAACAAAUAAACGCCAUGAACUUUACCAAGGACCACAUCCACCAGCAUGACCUUUCCAGGGAACGUGUCAACAGCAGAAGCAGUGCUUACAGCUUUGAGACCAUCUACAAUAAGGCCAAGUAUCUUUCUGAUACCAUCGAUCCUGCUGUGACCAUUCUCAUACGUGCUGUGAGAGCCGACCACCAGGUUCAGGGGUACCAGGUCGCAGCUUAUCUUGACAGAGCUAAUGAGAGACUGCAGAUUGUUUUUGCUAGCCUGGAAGAGAACAACCACUGGAGAAUCUGUGCCGAUGGAGUGAAGCUCAGCGACUACAAAAUAAUGGCUAAACUCGCCUGGGGCCUUCAGUGCAAAGAAUACGAGACUGAGAUCACAGCUGAGACUGGCCGUAUCGGAAAAGAUGCUGCAGUCCGCAUGAAGAUUACCUGGGAAAAACUUCCAGAGAGCAUGAAGCGCUUCGCAAAAAGGCUCUCUGAGUUCCUUUCCCGCUACACAAAGGAAUAUGGAAUAACCCAAGCAAAGGUCCAAAAUGUUCGCAAUGAGAUCAAACUGUCUGUGGCUGCUGCCUCUGAGAAGACCCUCAAUGUUGUUCUGAAGACACCAAAGAGGACAUUUUACAAGCUUGGAGUUGCUAUCCCUAUUUCUCUGCCUAUCGGUGACGCCGCCGCUGAGCUGACACCAUACGAGAACAACUUGGCCGACCAGUUAAUCUAUAUGCUCACCAAGGCUAAUGCAGCUGAGUGUUCCAUGGUCAAAGAUACGCUGACCACAUUCAACAAGAGGGAACACAGGAUCGAGAUGCCCCACUCUUGCUUCCAGGUCAUGGCUCAGGAUUGCACUGAAGAACUUAAAUUUAUUGUUCUGCUGAAGAGGGAUCAAACAAAGAAAGAGAACUGGAUCUAUGUCAAGAUCGACAACGUUGAAGUUGAUCUGUAUCCCAAGGACAGCGCUAUCAAGGUCAAGGUUAACGGUGUAGAACUCAGUCAACUGCCAUAUGAUCAUACCGAAGGUAAAUUCCAAAUCAGACAGAGCUCUGAGGGUAUUUCUGUCUUGGCUCCACAAUUUGGUCUCCAGGAGGUGUACGUUGAUCUGGAAUCAGUGAAGGUUCAAAUUGUGGACUGGAUGAGAAGUAAGACUUGUGGACUCUGCGGAGCAGCUGACGGCGAAGUCAGACAGGAGUUCAAGACACCCAACAAACGCCUGACCGAGAACGCAGUCAGCUUUGCUCAUAGCUGGGUUCUGCCUGGAAAAAGCUGCCGUGAUGCCUCUGAGUGUUACAUGAACCUUGAAUCUGUCAAGCUUGAGAAGCAGGUGGUCCUCCAUGGCCAAAAGUCCAAAUGCUACUCUGUUGAGCCUGUGCUGCGCUGCUUGCCCAACUGUGUGGCAGUGAGGAAAACCACCGUCAAUGUUGCCUUCCACUGCGUGCCCGCUGCAUCUAACCUGAACCGCUCCCAGGGUCCAAGCAGCAUCUUCGAGAAGAGCGGCGACAUUAGAGACACAACCGAAGCCCACCUGGCCUGCCGUUGCACCCCUCAAUGCGCAUAAUCUCACUGACUUCAGUCUGAUGACAUCAUACCAUUUUUAAUUCUAAUGACCUUGUUCAACUGUUCAUUUAAAGAUUGUACAACCAUCUUUUAACUUUCUUGUAAAUUAUUUACAAUGCCAGUUACAAAAUGUCAAUAGAGCAAAGAGAAAAUCACCCAUA